AUGCCUACGCUCAAACCGCUACCGGAUUGUGAAGGCCCAAAGCUAGAGUGUUUCACCGAUGAUCUCUCAAAGCACGACUUCAAGUUCCUGGAACUUCUCGGCUCUGGCUGUCACUCAGUUGUCCUCAAGGCCGAGAUUGAUGGCAAAUUAUAUGUCAUCAAGUUUUUCUUCCCUGUUUAUGUGCACGAGCCGAACUUCGAAAUGGACCCCAUUGACGAAGGUUAUUUCGUCGGAAGAGAAGAGAAAGAGCGAUUGACCGCCAGUGAAAAGAUACCCCAGCAAGUGGUCGACAGUCUACGUCUUCAUGCGACUUCCUUCAACAACGAGUGUCGCGCCUACGGUCGACUCAAGGAGCUGGGUCGUGAGCAUCUCGCUGUCAAAGUGCAUGGCUACCUACGCCUCUAUUUACCUCAGUUCGACGAGUACCUACGAGCCGCGAUGGGAGACAGUCACCCCCAAGAAGACUGGUUCACACGAGAUAUGAUCGAAAUGGAGGACGAUGAAGUCGACCUGCCCAUCAUGGCUAUCCUCCAUAGAUGCGGUAUCGUUGUACGGGACCUCAAGUCUCAGCAGUAUCACGAGGGCCAGCUGUGCGAUUUGAGCCACGCCUGGACGAUUCCACAUAUUUUUGGCCCCGAGGGCGGGAUGCGACCGCGCUGGGCUUUUGCAAGUAUGGCAGCUUGGGACCUGAAGUGUUUCCAGGAUAUGAUCGAAGAGGCAAACAUGUAUGCGCUCAGGCCUGAGCCACCACUCAAACUGAGUAACUUGGUUGCACGGCGCAACGAUGAGGUCUAUAACAACCUUCGUCCUCGUCCAGGCAUGUAUGGACCUUUCCUCCCUCUGCUCAACUAUGAUGAAGGGGGUAUCUGGGACAUGAAUUACUAUCCUUCAUAUGAUCCGGCACUCUUCAACUGGAAGGCCAUCCCGAAGCGGACGACAAAGAAGUCCAUUGGUCAUAUCCUAAAGAAGUCCACCGGUGGUGUCUCAAAGAAAAGAAAGUCCACUGCCACCGGAGGAGCCCGACAGGUGGGUAAGGGCAAGAACAAGAAGAGGCACCGAUAGACUGCCCCCAUGCCCUUCUCUUGUAACUUCUUGCAUAUGCGUUGGAUAGCGGAAUUGUGUUUUGACAUGUUUUGUUUUGGUGUUGCGAUUCUUAUUCUUGUGAGCCUUGCUUUGGGAGCCGAGGCUCACGCACGCGUUUUGUUUACAUAGAUCAUUAGAC